AUGGCCCCAAAUAGUCGCGCAACUACUCUCUUGACUCAUUCUCAAUUCGAAAAGAAUGAAACUUUUCCUUUUGAUCAUGAUGAUAGCGAACGGUAUCUGUCAACAAAGAGUGAAGACCAAUCGAAAGCUCUUACUAUUGACAACGGUGACGAUGUCAAUCGGGUAUGGGAAUCCAUGAUUGGUGGAAACCUGUCUCCUUUCUCAAAUCGAGGUGACAAGCCGACUCGAAUUCAUGGCAUGUUGUCGGGUAUCCGAAUUUUGGAAGAUCCUAUCCACAAUCAAGAUUGGCUUUCAGACUUUGGUGGAAGUUUGCACAACGUUCCCGUGGACCAAAUCGAGGCAAUUCACGAUAAAGCUCCCCAGGAGUUCACUGCCCGAGUUGCCGACUUUAACGAGAAUUUGAUGUAUGCCAUGCAAUCGGAACGAGGACUGGAGCAUUUGGGAUUGUCUUCGGGCCAGCUCCAAGACUUGUUGCAAGCCAAAGAGUAUCUAGGAUCCUUCUUGACGACCGAACACACCAUGACUCAACCACCACAUGUCGACUACAUGUGGGAGAUACUAAAUGACUAUUCCAAGGAAGAUUUGAAAGUUGGAUUCUUCCCCCUAACAAAAGAUGGAAUGUUUUUGCAAGUUUGGCCUCGUGACGAUAAUGCCGAGCAAGUAAAAGGCCAGUUGAUCUUCAUUCCCUUUGGAAAGCUAUUGAUAUUACCAGCGCAUACUAUUCAUGGCGGAGGAUUCCGUACGACAGCUCGCAGCAAAGGUCCUUGUGGGAAUCUGCGGUUUCAUCUUUACAUUUCCAAGCAUGGAGCUCAAUUACCAAAACAUCAAACCAACAAGUAUACAGAGCCCAACAACAAGGGAACGGAAUUAUCAUGGCGCUAUAUUGAUGCGCCAAACAUGGAAGAACUACAAUCAUGCUUCUUUGUAUAG